CGAUGGUCGCUGGCUGGUCGGCCCGUGGUCGCAAAUCUGAAGUUUAGUCGACAGUAAUAGUUCGUUACGUUAAAGUGUAUAUCGGGACGGCACAACGCGCAUCUCAUUUCAAAAAGAACUGGCUCGCGUGAACGUCGUCGUACUACACUCAUCAUAUUUGUUUUUUAUUCGGUUUCGUUGAAAAUCUAUUUAAUUUGUUUUAUUGAGAAUUACUACUCCAGCAUUUUUUUGCGUUCUGUUAUUUGCAAUGUAAGGGAACAACAACAACAAGUUUUUAAACAAAUAACUCCAACAACAAGCACAAUUUGCGUACCUACAACAAUAAAUGAAAAUUACACACUGAUUACAACGACAAACCUAUCAGAAACAAUUAAAGUGCCUUGAUUCGAGCUGUUUUUUCGGUGUUUAUUUUUUCGAACUUGUUCAUACAUUUGAAUUGUUUUGAAAUUGUUGCGCUUGGCUGCACGUGGAAGGUACCCACUUUAAAGUGUUAAUUGAAAUUGUAUUCCUCUCGAGCGCCAAAUACAUUCACAUGGAUUUGAAACUUUAGCUUUAGUCCGUGUCGACGAAAAGUACUUGAGAAAUGUUUCAAGUUGUGCGCGACGUCUGACUGUGGCAAUUACAAAAUCGUUAAAAUCGUGUAUACUUGAGCUGUUUUUUCCCCAAGCGAAUAGUUAAGCGAGUACGGGCAAAAGUGAAGUGAGGUCGAGAAUACAAUACACGUCACAAGUCGGAUGCAAAGCGUGAGCAAGAACACGCAAACAGUAGAGAAGUGAAUAUCGAAACACGGGAAUGAUCACCACAAACAGGGAAUCUCCAACAGUUAAAUGUGUACAUGUGUCGGGUAUUUGAAAAUGGAAAUUUGGUAAUUUUAAUAUAAGCCCUGGAAUUUUCGAACAGAUUUUUGUGAUAAUAAAAACACGUAGCUGUAAAAUAUCAGGAAGAGAAUACAAACAUAAUUUAAUUGCAAAAGGCAAACAAAUAAUAUGCAAUAUCAAGGAGGAUCGUGGUACCUACCAUGGGGUAUACCAAUACAGAAAAUGAUUCCAAUGGCAUAUGGCCAGCCUGGAUCUACACCCAUGGAUUCGUAUUUGGCUACCAACAAUACGUCUCUAACAUGUCACGUCCUAACGAAUCCACACCAGGGUAAUGUGAAUACAAACGCGGUCAGUCCCAUUCAAGUGCAGGCCAAUGCUGCGACGAAUAACUAUCAUCAGCACGCAACAUUUAAUCCGCAUGCAGUGGGAAAGCUGGCUUGUACAACUGCCGUGGAUAACUUGCAUGGAAGUAAUGCAUCCUCGACGAACGUUCAGCGUCCCGGAUCCGCCUUAACUUCGUCAAUUCUGAACGGCCAUCCACGAGCCAUACUUCCAAAUGCCCCAUUAUCGAGUACCCAUUCACCACACCAAAAUAUGUUAAUGUCAUCAUCGAUGUUUGCGCCCCUCACACUGCCACAGUAUAUAGCAUCGCCCACCGCGGCCGCCGCAGCCGCUGUAGCUUUAAACAAUUCCAUGACGGGAAUGUCCAACAACCGACCAAGCCUUCCCGAUUGCACCCGAUUAAUUUCUCAACAACAACAGCAGCAACAAUCGAAUCAAAAUACGACAUCUACCUCCCCACUGGCAUGCAUUUCAUCUUCGGCGUCCCCAAAUCCAGCGGUUCCAACAUCGCUUAGCCUUAACGUUGAUGUGGUCGCAAUGCGUCAUCAUAUAAACAAUGUAAAUGUGGCCAACAAUCUUCCAAUACCCCUUACAAAGAUAUUGUCUAACUUUGAUGACUAUAAAGAAAAGAAGAAACCCAAUGUUUCAGAAAAGCGGAAAGUCGAAGACAAUGAGCAAUUAAAAGAUUUGAAAAAGGCCAAACUUGAAACAAAGGCUCUGAAGGCAAAAAGGCCAGGUUUUACCGAUGAAAGAUAUCAUGAAACUUCUUAUUAUAUUGAAAACGGUUUACGGAAAGUUUAUCCCUAUUAUUUUACCUUUACAACAUUUACAAAGGGCCGCUGGGUCGGAGAGAAAAUUCUAGAUGUAUUUUCGCGAGAGUUUAGAGCCCAUCCUGCAGAAGAGUACGAGCGCUGCAUUAAAUCUGGCACUUUAACUGUAAACUAUGAGAAAGUGCCAAUUGAUUACAAGCUUAAACAUAAUGAUUUAUUGGCGAAUAUUGUUCAUAGACAUGAAGUGCCCGUAACAAGCGAACCCAUUACAAUUGUUCACAUGGACGAUGAUAUUGUUGUUGUGAAUAAGCCCGCAUCAAUACCAGUGCAUCCUUGCGGAAGGUACCGUCAUAACACAGUUGUUUUCAUUUUGGCCAAGGAAUUUAAUCUUAAAAACCUACGAACUAUACACCGCCUAGAUCGUUUAACUUCGGGACUUUUAUUAUUUGGCAGGAGUCCAAAAAAGGCACGACUAUUAGAACACCAAAUUCGCAACAGACAAGUACAAAAGGAAUAUAUAUGCAGAGUAGAAGGAAACUUUCCAGAAGGUAUAAUCGAAUGCAACGAGCCCAUUGAAGUGGUUAGUUAUAAAAUUGGCGUCUGCAAGGUGUCACCAAAAGGAAAGGAAUGUAAAACAACAUUUCAAAAAUUAUCAUACGAUGGCAAAUCCAGUGUAGUGUUAUGUAAACCAUUAACUGGUCGUAUGCAUCAAAUUCGUGUCCAUUUACAGUAUCUAGGUUAUCCAGUUGCGAAUGAUCCCUUAUACAACCAUGAAGUAUUUGGCCCACUUAAGGGUCGUGGUGGUGAUAUCGGUGGCAAAACCGAUGAAGAAUUAGUACGUGAUUUAAUAAAUAUUCAUAAUGCUGAAAAUUGGUUGGGAAUCGAUGGUGAUUCGGAACUGUCAUUCUUUAAGCCACAUAAAGGUGACUGUGAGGUAGACUCGUUGCCUGUUGGUAAUCAUCCAUUAUGUGAGGAGGAUAACGAUGUCAUGUCACGUGAAACUUCCCCAAUAUACUCGAAUAGUCCGAGCAUCGUGGACAUGAAUCCCGAAAAUGCCACAAACUGUUGUAAUGCAGUCGACAAUUUAACAAAUAAAUUAGGAGAUAUGCAACAAUCUUCCGAUCAACCCGAAAAUGAAGUGCAUUUAUCAAUGAACCAUGUGAAGGUUACUGUUGCAACUCAAACUGAUCACGAAUCGCCCGAUACGACCUUUAACGCCGAAAAAGUUACCUUGGACAAGCAUUGUUACGAAUGUAAAGUGCGCUACAGAGAUCCUAAGCCAAAAGAUCUGAUAAUGUAUCUCCACGCUUGGAAAUAUAAGGUGAAUAUACUUAAAACAUAUAAACAUAUAUAUAGAUACUUGGCGCUAUGUACUUAUUAUAUUACCAUUUAAAUUUUAACGAGUUUC